AUGGCGGCGUGCAGGCUGGCAGCACUGCGGCUCCGCGGACUGGGGCCAUUGAGUCCCCUGAGGGCCUUCAGCAGCAGGGGCCUCUGUCGCAGGGCUCUCCUGGACUCGGAGCUCCGUGUCAGCGCCGCGGGGGGCCUCAGGGUGUGGAGCGCGCACACGUGCUCUCCUCACCUGUCCCCGUUCGUCUCAGUGCGGGCCUACGGGAACCGCGUCAGCGGAGAGGAUGGAGCGAGCAGCGGGGCCCCUGGAGGAGAGGAGCCCGGGGGAGACGGAGACGGAGGCGGCUAUAACGGCCCUCACAUGACCGCGCUCACCCCCAUGAUGGUCCCUGAGGUCUUCCCCAACGUGCCCCUCAUCGCUGUCAGCAGGAACCCCGUGUUCCCCCGCUUCAUCAAGAUCAUUGAGGUGAAGAACCCGGAGCUGAUGGAGCUGCUGAGGAGGAAGGUGCGUCUGGCUCAGCCCUACGCCGGAGUCUUCCUCAAGAAAGAUGACGGGGAUGAGUCUGACGUGGUGGAGACUCUAGACUCCAUCUACACCACUGGAACCUUUGUGCAGAUCCACGAGAUGCAGGACUUGGGAGACAAGCUGCGCAUGAUUGUGAUGGGCCACCGCAGGAUCCGUAUUUCUCGGCAGCUGGAGGUGGAGCCGGAAGAGGCCACAGCGUCACCGGAGAUGGAUUCAGAAGCUCAGACCAAGCCAUCCCCACGACGUAAAGGCAAACGCACACGACGAGACACUCCGGACAGCGUGACGGAGCAGCUGGAGGACAAGAUCACAGAAGCUGACCUGAGCCCCGAGCUGCAGCCCCUGCCCCCCUCCUCCAUCCUCAUGGUGGAGGUGGACAACAUCCAGCACCAGAGCUUCACCGUCACCGAGGAGGUCAAGGCUUUGACUGCAGAAAUCGUGAAGACCAUCAGAGACAUCAUUGCGCUGAACCCUCUGUACAGGGAGUCGGUGCUGCAGAUGAUGCAGGCAGGACAGAGGGUGGUGGACAAUCCCAUCUACCUGAGCGACAUGGGGGCAGCGCUGACCGGGGCAGAGUCUCAGGAGCUGCAGGAGAUCCUGGAGGAGACUGACAUCCCCAAGAGGCUUUACAAGGCUCUGUCGCUGCUCAAGAAGGAGUACGAGCUGAGCAAGCUGCAGCAGCGCCUGGGCAGAGAGGUGGAGGAGAAGAUCAAACAGACCCACAGGAAGUACCUGCUGCAGGAACAACUGAAGAUCAUCAAGAAGGAGCUGGGACUGGAGAAGGAGGACAAAGACGCCAUCGAGGAGAAGUUCCGUGAGCGUCUGAAGAAGCUGACCGUCCCUCAGCACGUGAUGGAGGUGAUCACGGAGGAGCUGAACAAACUCAGCCUUCUGGACAACCACUCGUCUGAGUUCAAUGUGACCCGGAACUACCUGGACUGGCUGACCAGCAUGCCCUGGGGCAGCUACAGCGAAGAGAACCUGUCUCUGAGCCGAGCGCGAGAAGUGCUGGACGAGGACCACUACGGCAUGGACGACGUGAAGAAGAGGAUCCUGGAGUUCAUUGCGGUGAGCCAGCUGAGGGGCUCCACGCAGGGGAAGAUCCUGUGCUUCUACGGCCCCCCAGGCGUCGGAAAGACCUCCAUCGCCCGCUCCAUCGCACGCGCACUCAACCGGGAGUACUUCCGCUUCAGUGUGGGCGGCAUGACCGACGUGGCAGAGAUCAAAGGCCACAGGAGGACGUAUGUCGGAGCUAUGCCCGGGAAGGUCAUUCAGUGUUUGAAGAAGACCAAGACGGAGAACCCUCUGGUGCUCAUCGAUGAGGUGGAUAAGAUGGGCCGGGGGUACCAGGGCGACCCCUCCUCUGCUCUGCUGGAGCUGCUGGACCCUGAGCAGAACGCUAACUUCCUGGACCACUACCUGGACGUGCCCGUGGACCUGUCCAAGGUGCUGUUCAUCUGUACGGCCAACGUGGUGGACACCAUCCCCGAGCCGCUGCGAGACCGAAUGGAGAUGAUCAACGUGUCUGGAUACGUGGCCCAGGAGAAGCUGGCCAUCGCACAGACAUACCUGGUCCCUCAGCUGCGGACUCUGUGUGGACUCGGUGAAGACAAGGCCUCCAUCUCUGACGAUGCCCUCAGCCUGCUCAUCAGGCAGUACUGCCGCGAGUCCGGGGUCCGCAACCUCCAGAAGCAGGUGGAGAAGGUGUUCCGGAAGGUGGCCUUCUCCAUCGUGAACGGCGAGCAGUCCUCGGUGAACGUGACCCCGGAGAACCUGCAGCAGUACGUCGGCAAGCCUCUGUUCACGGUGGACCGCAUGUACCAGGAGACCCCCCCAGGAGUGGUCAUGGGGCUGGCCUGGACCGCCAUGGGUGGCUCCACUCUGUUCAUCGAGACCUCGGUGAGACUGCCUCCAGCCAGCGGCCCCAACGGCAAAGGGGAGGGCUCUCUGGACGUCACAGGUCAGCUCGGGGACGUGAUGAAGGAGAGCGCCAAGAUCGCCUCCACGUUCGCUCGAGCGUUCCUCAUGAAGCAGGAGCCGCAGAACGACUUCCUGAGCAGCUCCCACCUGCACCUGCACGUCCCCGAGGGGGCCACGCCCAAAGACGGCCCCAGUGCCGGCUGCACCAUAGUAACGGCCCUGCUGUCUCUGGCCACAAACCGACCAGUGCUGCAGAAUCUGGCCAUGACCGGAGAAGUGUCGCUGACCGGAAAGAUCCUGCCUGUGGGAGGGAUCAAGGAGAAGACCAUCGCCGCUCGCCGCGCUGGGGUCACGUGCAUCAUCCUGCCUUUGGAGAACCAGAAGGACUUCUCUGACCUGCCUGACUACAUCUCUGACGGCCUGGACGUGCACUUUGUGGAGCACUACAGCCAGAUCUACCCCAUCGCCUUUCCCCAGAGCCCCGAGGGCCCCCAGAGCUGA